AUGGCGACCGCCGUCGAGCUGGCCAUCGAAAAAAUCGAUGAGUAUAAAUCGAAAAUUGGAAGAACACUUGGCACACCGAUGCGCCUGCGCGAUCUAAUUCGGCAGGUGCGUGCAGCUCGCACGAUGGCCGAAGAGCGGGCAGUUGUCGAUAGGGAAAGUGCCAAUAUUCGGGAAAGUUUUCGCGAUGACGAUUCGCCGUGGAAGUGUAGGAAUAUCGCAAAACUUUUGUAUAUUCAUAUGCUCGGGUAUCCAGCGCAUUUUGGGCAGAUGGAAUGUAUGAAACUUGUUGCGCAACCACGUUUCACCGAUAAGAGAAUAGGAUAUCUUGGCGCGAUGCUCUUGCUCGAUGAGCGCUCUGAAGUCCAUCUCCUUGUCACAAAUUCGUUGAAAAAUGAUUUGACAUGCUCUACACAAUUUGUGAGCGGAUUAGCGUUGUGCACACUCGGAUCGAUUUGCUCGGCAGAAAUGUGUCGAGAUUUAGCGAAUGAGGUUGAAAAAAUAAUCAAGCAAAAUAAUGCUUACCUAAAAAAGAAGGCUCUUCUUUGCGCAUUCCGAAUCGUUCGCAAAGUUCCUGAACUUAUGGAAGUGUUCAUACCAUGCACACGUAAUUUGAUCGGAGAGAAGAAUCAUGGAGCUCUUAUGGGCUCGACAACAUUGAUCACAGAGAUGUGCGAAAGAAGUCCGGAUGUUCUCAAUCAUUUCAAAAAGCUUGUCCCGAAUUUGGUGAGAAUUUUGAAAAAUUUGCUCAUGAGCGGAUAUUCGCCGGAGCAUGACGUCACCGGAAUCUCGGAUCCAUUCCUUCAGGUGAAAAUCUUGCGACUUUUGCGAGUUUUGGGCAAAGACGACGCGCGCGCCACCGAGGAGAUGAACGAUAUUCUGGCGCAAGUCGCCACGAAUACGGAGACGGCGAAAAAUGUGGGAAACGCGAUUCUGUACGAAACGGUGCUGACGAUAAUGGAAAUCAAGAGCGAGAGUGGCCUCCGAAUUCUUGCCAUCAAUAUCCUUGGAAGAUUUUUGCUCAACACUGACAAAAAUAUAAGAUAUGUUGCCUUGAAUACACUCCUGAAAACGGUUCAUGUCGAUUAUCAGGCUGUCCAACGGCACCGCAGCGUUGUUGUGGACUGCCUCAAGGAUCCCGAUAUUUCGAUUAGAAAACGUGCAAUGGAACUCUGUUUCGCUUUGAUGAACAAGAAGAACAUUGCAAAUAUGACGAAAGAGAUAUUGAUAUUUUUGGAGACGGCUGACGCCGAAUUCAAAUCGGAAUGCGCCUCGAAAAUGUACAUCGCCACCGAGCGAUACUCGCCGAAUCAUGAAUGGCACCUCGACACGAUGAUAACGGUCUUGAAAUUGGCUGGAAAAUAUGUGCCCGACGAGGUGGUUUCGUGUAUGAUUCAAUUGAUUUCGGCGAAUUCGCAACUCCAAAACUACGCCGUCGUCCAAUUGUUUUAUGCGGCGCAGAAGGACGCGAUCAACGCGCAGCCGCUUCUUCAAGUCGCGUUUUGGACGAUUGGAGAGUUUGGCGAUUUGCUACUUCAGCCGGCGGAUGCCGAUUCGACAGCGAUUUCGGAGAAUGACGUCAUCACGUUGUUUGAGAAUGUUCUUCCUUCGACGUUGACCUCAUUGAUGACCAAAUGCUAUGCGGUUACAGCAUUGGCGAAGCUUGCCACUAGAUUCACCACCACUGGCGAUCGUAUUGAAGCGCUUGUGCGAAUUCACCAAGCCCACAUUCAUCUUGAACUUCAGCAGCGUUCCGUUGAAUUUAAUUCGAUUUUGCAAUUGGGAGAACUUAAAUAUGGACUUCUUGAACGAAUGCCGAUCAUUACUCACAACUCGCUCAACGCCGCUGCAUCGUCGAUGAUUGAUGGCGACGCAAUGGCAGAUGAGCCAGUUGUUGGAGCUCCCGUUGAAGAAUCGUCGAAUGUUGAUUCGCUUCUCGGCGAUUUGGCUGGAUUGUCUAUGGGAGGUCCACCGACAAAUGAUGGACUUAUUGGUGUCGAUUCGUCGCAUAAUGGGGGAAUGCUCGAUAUUCUAGGAGGUCUCGAAGCAGCCGCGCCGCCUGCCGCUCCGGCUCCAGCUGCAGACCCCUUCGAUCUUUUUGGAACAUCAAAUCCAGUUGUGCAAGACACCAAUGCCUUCCGCCCUGUCAUUGUGAUUAACUCGAAGGGUAUUGAAGUGCAGGUAGAGGUGGUUGAGAGUUGGGUCAACGAGAAGGCUCGCCUCAAAAUGACGGUGUUCAAUUACACGCCGGCGACAAUUGUGAACUUCAACUUCCUCGCCGCUGUCACCAAAGCGUUUGAGAUUCAGAUUGAGCCGUGCUCAAACCCGAAUGUGCCUCCAGACGGCACGAGCACGCAAUUUAUGACGAUUACGCGAAAAGUGCCUGGAGCUGUGGCGAGAAUGCGAACAAAAAUUUCCUACAUUGUUAACGGAAACGAGAACACCGCGAGCGGCGAGGUCAACGAAUUCCCGGGACUCGUUUAA